GGUCGCUAGGAGACGGGAGGAAGCUGCACACAGAACCAUCUCACAGAGCAACACAACAUGGCAUCUGAGGGCCAAGAGGGAGAAAUGCAGCUAGAACUGGAGUCAGUCAUCGGAUUUAAUGGCCACGUGCCCUCUGGGAUGAUCUGUCACCCGGACAGGGAGCACCUUAUCUACCCCUUAGGAUGCACCAUCAUCAUCGAGAGUCUCAGCAAAAAGAAGCAGCAUUUCCUCCACGGCCACACCAACAACGUCUCCUGCGUCACUGUCUCCAAAAGCGGACGAUACCUGGCAUCGGGGCAAGUCACCUACAUGGGAUUCAAGGCGGACAUUUUCUUGUGGGAUUACGCUAAGAGAGAGUCUUGUGGCAAGCUGACCCUGCACAAAGUUAAAGUGGAGGCCUUGUCAUUCUCACCAAAUGACCAGUACCUGGUGUCACUUGGAGGCCAGGAUGACGGCAGUGUCAUCCUAUGGAACGUGUUAACCGGGGAGCCUAUCUGUGGAAGCCCAGCAUCAUCGGUCAGUGCAGGACAUGUCCUGGCUUUGACCUUCUUCAACAACAGGGAUGACAUAUUCAUAACGGGCGGAAAUCGCACACUGCGUGUUUGGGAGGUGGACCUGCCAAACAGGAAGCUGCGUCCCAUUGAGUGUCAGAUGGGACAGUUGAAGAGGGUAGUCACCAGCUUGGCUGUGACAGAAGAUGACAGCUGCUUCUACUGCGGCACCACCACGGGAGACAUCCUGAAAAUGAACGCAAAGACCAAACUGUUGAAUAGCUACGGGCCCCAGAAGGGCAGAUUCAGCUUGGGAGUGACCACUCUGUGCUUGCUGAAAACGGGAGAGAUUCUGAUUGGCUCUGGGGAUGGAAAACUGUCACUCUGCAAUGGGCAGAACUACAAAGCAGCUAAGAGUGUCCAGCUGCAGGGGGCCAUCACCUCCAUCACCCUCAGAGGGCAGGGCCACCAGUUCUUCGUGGGCACCUCGCAGGCACAGAUCUACCGUUUUAACUAUUCGGAAUUCAAAGAGGAGCUCAUAGCCACCUGUCACAGCGAAGCCAUCAACGACAUCGUCUUCCCCUUUGGUACUUCAGAGCUGUUUGCCACGUGUGCCAAAAAUGACAUCCGUGUCUGGCACACAACCAGCCACAAGGAACUGCUGCGGAUCACCAUACCGAACAUGACCUGUAACACCAUUGAAUUUAUGAGAGACGGCAAGAGCAUCCUGUCAGCCUGGAACGAUGGAAAGAUCCGAGCAUUCACACCCGAAAGCGGACGACUCCUGUACCAGAUAGAAAACGCACACAGCAUGGGUGUGACCGCCAUCGCAGCAACAAGCGACUGUAAGAGGAUUGUGAGCGGAGGAGGGGAAGGACAGGUGAGACUGUGGGAGAUCGGCAGGGACAGUCAGCGGCUCGUAGAAUCCAUGAAGGAACACAAGUCGGCGAUAUUGUGUAUCAAACUGAAGGGCAACAACCGGGAAUGUGUUUCCGCCAGCUCGGACGGAGCCUGCAUCAUAUGGGACCUGGUGAGGUUUAUACGGAAACAGAUGAUCUUAUCCAAUACAUUGUUCCGCUGCCUAUGUUACCACCCUGAGGAGUUCCAGCUUAUCACCAGUGGCACUGAUAGAAAGAUCGGGUACUGGGAAGUGUUCGAUGGCUCAGCAAUAAGAGAUCUUGAAGGAUCCAUGUCUGGCGCCAUCAACGGGAUGGACAUAAGUGACAGCGGAAGCCACUUUGUGACAGGUGGGGACGACAAAUUGGUGAAAGUUUGGGAUUACAACGAGGGUGAGGUGACCCAAGUGGGUAUUGGACACAGCGGCAGUAUCACCAAGAUAAAAAUCUGCCCCCUCUACAAAUACAUCAUCAGCGUCAGCAACGACGGUGCUAUUCUGCGCUGGAAAUACCCGUAUCCCGUCUAGAUGGCCCUCAGCUGAUACCUAAUUCUUUCAGUAUGUUGGACUGAGACUUUUAAAGAGACACGGUCAUCACAUUAGAAAAAAAGAAACACAGCUUCACAAAACACA